AUGCACUUUUCUCGGAUUCCUGUUACGUUUUAUAGUGAAGACCCCGCAGAACGUCGACGAAUAUUGGGAUGUCAGGAGUUCAAUAAUAAUCCUAAACAAGGCUUAGAGUACUUGUUCGAACAGGGCUUGUUGGAACGCAAUCCAGCAUCCGUUGCACGCUUCUUUGUGGAGGAACAUGAACGACUGUCGAAGGUUGUCCUCGGAACCUACCUUGGAGAAGUGUGA